AUGUUGCUUACACCAUCCAUGCAGCAAGAUAUGGCCAAGCCAUCCAUGCAGCAAGCUAUUGCCACGCCAUCCAUGCAGCAAGAUAUGGCCAAGCCAUCCAUGCAGCAAGCUAUUGCCACGCCAUCCACGCAGCAAGAUAUUGCCACACCAUCCAUGCAUCAUGAUAUUGCCAAGCCAUCCAUGCAGCAAGAUGUUGCCACACCAUGCAUGCAGCAAGAUAUGGCCAAGCCAUCCAUGCAACAAGAUAUUGCCACACCAUGCAUGCAUCAUGAUAUUGCCAAGCCAUCCAUGCAGCAAGAUGUUGCCACACCAUGCAUGCAGCAAGAUAUGGCCAAGCCAUCCACACAGCAAGAUGUUGCCACACCAUCCAUGCAUCAUGAUAUUGCCACACCAUCCAUGCAGCAAGAUAUUGCCACACCAUCCAUGCAGCAAGAUAUGGCCAAGCCAUCCAUGCAGCAAGAUAUGGCCAAGCCAUCCAUGCAGCAAGAUAUGGCCAAGCCAUCCACACAGCAAGAUGUUGCCACACCAUCCAUGCAUCAUGAUAUUGCCACACCAUCCAUGCAUCAAGAUGUUGCCACACCAUCCAUGCAUCAAGAUGUUGCCACACCAUCCAUGCAGCAUGUUACCGAUAUAUUAUCACCAUAG